ACCACCAAAAUCAGCGAUGGAAGCUAGACUCUCGGAGAGUCUCGGCCUCCCAUCUCCAAAUCUCAACCCCUGCCACGUCACCAACGACUUCAACUCCCUCGUCACCUACUUCUCCGAUCGCACCUCCGCUCAAAUCCCCACCGUCAGAAACAAAUCAGUUACCAAAUUCAAAUCCUCGAGAAAACAAUCUCCACCGUUCGCAUCAGCCUCAAUCUCCGAUCCCGAUUCCAAACCAGGCUUCCUUCAAUGGCUAAAGCCAGCUUCAAGAAGCAGUCCGAAGAUCCAAACGCUGAUGAAACACCUCUCCGUCUUCGAACGCGCCUUAAUCGGCGCAGGAGGCGGCGGAAUCGCCGGCGCAUUCACCUACGUCUGCCUUCUCCCGUUAGACACGAUCAAGACGAAGCUUCAGGCGAAAGGCGCCUCGCAGGUUUACAGUAGCAGCUUCGAUGCGAUAGUGAAAACAUUUCAAGAGAGAGGGAUUCUAGGGUUUUACAGCGGCGUAUCGGCGGUUAUCGUCGGCUCUACGUUCUCCUCCGCAGUUUAUUUCGGCACGUGCGAGUUCGGUAAAUCUCUCCUCGGUAAGUUCCCGGAGUUUCCUUCGGUUCUAAUCCCUCCCACAGCUGGUGCCAUGGGGAACAUUAUCUCAUCGGCUAUAAUGGUGCCUAAAGAGCUUAUUACGCAGAGGAUGCAGGUUGGAGCUAGUGGGAGGAGAUCUUAUCAGGUUUUGCUUGAGAUUCUUGAGAAGGAUGGGAUCUUGGGGCUUUACGCUGGCUACUCCGCAACGUUGUUGAGGAAUUUACCUGCGGGUGUGCUGAGUUACUCGUCGUUUGAGUAUCUUAAAGCUGCGGUUUUGGAGAAGACGCAGCAGAACAAUCUUGAGCCUCUGCAGAGUGUUUGUUGUGGGGCGUUGGCUGGUGCUAUAUCUGCUUCGAUUACCACGCCUCUUGAUGUGGUGAAGACGAGGUUGAUGACGCAGGUUCAUGUGGAGGCGGCUAAUAAGCUUGGUGCUGCUAUGUAUACGGGUGUGGCGGGGACGGUGAAGCAGAUAUUGAAAGAGGAAGGUUUGGUUGGUUUUACUCGAGGUAUGGGGCCUCGUGUUGUGCAUAGUGCUUGCUUCUCGGCUAUAGGGUAUUUUGCGUUUGAGACUGCGAGGCUGACGAUCUUGAAUGAGUAUUUGAAGAGGAAACAGGAUUCCGAAGCAGCGACUGUUGAUGCUUGAUUCUUUUUGAGAGACUCAAAUUAGCAUUCUGAGGAGUUUUAGCUUCGUGUGUUGUUUUCUUAGACAAGUUUGUUUUAGAGCUGAGUUGGUUCUGAAAUUGAAUCACUGUUUAAUUUGGUUUAACGUAUUGUUGGAGUAUUAUAGUUGCUGCAUUUUCAUCCAACCUUAAAUCAGUUUGUGUUUUAAUCUGAUUCAAUUUGCAUUUCAUAUUCAUAUUCAUAGACUCGUGUAAAUGUUGCCUUCAUGCUCAUAUCUUUUUC